AUGGAGUGGUCUCACGAGUUCUGCCUCUCCUGCGACCGACAAAUCACAGAGGGCGGCGCCUACUGCUCACAAGCUUGCCGCCUAGCCGACCUCGAGAAGGCUGGCACGACCACCUCUCAAAGCUCCUCGAAUCUCUCCUCCUCGGCUUCCUCGACAUCGUCAUCAACACACGGAUUCUAUCUCCCACCAGCAGUCAACUUCGUCGCAUUCAAAACACCUACAUCAUCACGGGGCUUCGAUUUGGGACCUUCCAACUCGUACAACUAUGCAGCCUCCAACAGUUCCUACUAUGCGCCGUCACACGCUGCUGCUUCCUCAACAUCGAGUCCGUCGCAAGGGCGGAGCCUAAGCCCUUCGUCUUCACGGUCAUCGCUCUCCUCGGCUUCCUCGCAGCCGACCACAUCAGGCAUCUCGCCUCAGGCCGCCCAGCAGCUAAACAGCUACGUCCGGUCAUUCGACAACGCUCGCGACGUGCGACGAAUGAGCCGACGCUUCACCCAAUACUAA